AUGGCUGCCCUCCUCCCCGCCCUGGCCCUCCGCUCCCUGCUUGUGCUCCCGCUGGCCCUUCUCGCCCGCGCUGCCCAGGCCCAGUUCUUCGCCGUCUCGGCCGGUGCCGGCUGCGACGUAGCGUGCGCCACCCUGGCCAUCGACUUCGGCUCCAAGCUCCACUAUCCUCAGGCCGAUGGAAACUUUACCGUCUGGGAUGCGAAGCAGCUGGCCUCUCACCGUGCUUGCCGCAUCGAGCCCGCCAACUCCGACGAGGUCGCUGCCGUCCUGGGCAUCCUGGCCAGCAGCUGGUGCAAGUUUGCCGUCAAGAGCGGCGGCCACACGUCCAGCAGAGACGCUUCCAACUCCGUUGGCGGCGUCACCGUCGAUUUGAAGCGCAUCAACCAGGUCGAGCUGGCCGACAGCAAGACCCGAACCCGCGUGGGCACCGGCGCAAUCUGGGGUGAUGUCUACCGCAUUCUGGAACCGUAUGAACUUUCCGUCAUCGGUGGAAGGGUCGACGAUGUUGGAGUUGGGGGGCUCGCCAUGGGAGGUGGGGUCAGUUUCCUUUCUGCAAAGUACGGCUGGGCGCUGGACAACAUUCUGGAAUACGAAGUCGUCCUGCCCAACGCUACCAUCGUCACUGCCAGCGAAGACACCAACCCGGACCUCUACUUCGCUCUCCGCGGCGGCGGCAACAACUUUGGCAUCGUCACCCACUUCACCCUCAACACCGUGCGUCAGGGUAAAAUCUACGGCGGCCAGAAGUUCUACACCCCGGACAAGAUGGAUGCCCUGAUCGACGCUUCGUAUGAUCUCACCUUCAGCACCAGCCCGGAUAUCGGCUACUGGAUUGGCUACAUCUACAUGGCCGACAAGAACGUCACCUUGGCCCUCUCCCAGGAGAUGUACUUGCAACCCGAGGAAAAACCGCUUGUGUACAGCACCCUGGAUAAGGUUGAGCCAAUGGGAAAUACGAUGAGGACAUCAGUAAUGAGCGACUUCAGCAUGGAAUUGAAGCACGGGACGCCAGCCGGCAAGCGGAACUACAUGGCAUCAAUGACGUUUUACCCGUCCAAGGAGCAGGAUAGACGUAUGGUUCAGUUCUUCCAGGAGGAAAUCGAAAUCUUGAAGACCCAAGGAAAGACGGCGACUCCGGCCUUGACCUUUCAGCCCGUCCCGCUGUCUUCCAUCAGUAAUAUGAAAGUACGCGGAGGCAACGCGAUUGGGCUCGAAUCCAGUUCUCCGCUGACCCUCGCAAAUGUGGCCACGAGCUGGACCGACGCCGAGGAAGACGAUGCCAUCUACGCGUCCCGCGAGCGAUUCCUUGCAAAAUCGAGGGCAUCGGCUCAAGAACUUGGAGUUUUCCACAAGUACAUCUAUAUGAACUACGCCGACUCGGAACGUGACGACGUCUUUUCUGGAUACGCCGAGCAGAACGUAGAGAGGUUAAAAGAGAUUCAGAGGAGUGUAGAUCCGGAGGGGGUGUUCACGAAGGACGGACUUUGCACGGGCUAUUUUAAGCUUAUUUGA